GCGAUGAAAUGCUUUACACUACACUCUACAUGAACAUCACCACAGUGUGAUUAAAAAUAACAGUUAUUUAGAUCAAAUAUUUAAAAAUAACAAUAGCAAAUAUAUUUGUUAUUCAAAAAAAUCGUGGAUUAUCUGCCGUAUUCACCAAACCAGUUGCUAAACAAUAGAUCUUUCAAUCAAUGAAUGAUCAAUGACCGUUCAUCAACCAAUGAUCAUUGGUAUGCACAAACGUUAGUUUUACAAUCAAGCCAACAGGUGGCGCUGAUGUAGCCAGCUUUCCCUGCGGUUUCGUCCUAGUAGUGGAUUGUCACUAAUAUUAGUCAUUGGCCCAAAUAUGUCACAUGAUUAUCACUUGAAAGUUGGCGCCUUAAAAUGUUAUUAUUAUUAUUAUAGGCUUGCUAUUUUUAUCAAUCAAUCGUUCAUUGAUUCUAUUCACAAGAAAUCAAAUUUCCAUUUACAAUGAAUUAAUUGCAUUUAUGUCUAGUGACUAUCCCAUAGAAAUGCUUGUAUGAUAUCAACUCGGCUUUUUUUGGGGAGAUUGUUUCUCUGACUUAAUUUAUUUAGCAGCUUCAGCAGCUAAGCAUUGGGAUUUGUACAGACAGAGAAAACAGCAAUGAAGUAAUUGAAGCUUACAAUUUGGUGUUUAAGUAUAAAGACGAUGAAUGCUCUGUAACAUGCAACAAUAAAACAAAGUCUUUUUCACCUAAACUAAGUGAUCCAACUGUGAAAGCAACUUUUCUGAUGUUGAAAAAUAUUACAGCUGUUAGUGAUAUUUUGGAAAAAUUACCUGAAAGUGUGUAUUUGUCUUUGAAACUUCUAUACUAUGAUGAAGUGACUCCUGAAGAUUAUGAACCACCUGGUUUUGAACCAUCCUCAGAACCAAAAUUCAGUUUUCCCCAGAAGACAAUGAACAUUUCCUUGGGCAAAAUUGAUACUGACAAACAUGGGUAUAAAUUCCUUUUAAAAACAACUUUCAACAAGCAUAUAUUAGCAAAAAAUGAUGCAGAAAAUCCUCUCAAGCCAACAAAUGAUGACAAAAUGGCUGAUAACUCAUUUAUCAUCACUGAUGAGCAAACUGUUGUUAAACAUUCAAGGUUACCCGAAAAAAAAAAAUUAGAUGGAAAAACAAAGUCAACUACUUCAUUGAAAUGCCCUUGUAAAUGCAAAUUGGCCGAGGAAAAUGAUCUUAUUUCUUGUACAAAUUGUAAACAAUUGCAGCACAAAACCUGUUAUGGUAUUUUAGAUUCAUUUGGGAAUCAACCCAAUUUUUACUGUGUUGACUGUUCCACUUAUGGAGAUUAUCCUCUGACCGAUUUAAUAUACAUAUAUGUGGGAAAAGAAUGUCAGGAAUUAUGUCUAACUCGAAGAGCUAUUUCUUUGUGUUUGAGCCAGCAUUAUUUUACAAAAGUAAAUCUGGAGAAAUUGUUUGGUUGCAAUAAAACCAUGACAAAUGCCAUUAUUAAAAAACUUAUUGCUCAAGAUUUUAUUGAACUGCAGAUAAAUACUGGCAAAUAUAUUUUGAACAAAUCAAAUAUAGACUUUGCCCUGCAAAAAUAUUUUCCAUCAACUGAAAAUAAAGAAAAUGAAGAAUUAAUGCAUGAAGAUUCAGAAUUAGAGACAAACUCCAUAUUACCUCCAACCAGUCAUCUUAUUUCUCAGCAAGGAAUGCUGAGCAAGUCUGUGGAUGUAAUUGAAAAUUCUAUAAGAAAAGUGAAAAAAUUGAAUCUUCGUGAUAUAUCACCUGCAAAAAGUUCUGCAUCUCGAAAAAGAAAAGUAUCUAGUGAGACUGUAAAUCUUGAUGACUCAGAGGAACUCUUCCAAAGCCAAAAAAGACUGAGAGUAAGGAAAGCCACGAAGCAAUAUAAAUCCUAAGAUAUUCAAGAAAAUUAAAAUAAUUUUUUCAAGAAACUCAAAUUUUGAAUGACUUUUCUUGUGAUAAGUUAUCAAAUAAAAGAAAUGCUUUCUGCUGA